AUGCUUCACUCGACCACUCUGGCAAGUCUUUUGCUCGUCGCAGACCUCAUCUCUGCAGCUUCUCACCCCCAAGAGCCUCCCACCGUCCACCUCUCCUCAGGAACAAUCCUAGGAAACACAUGCAAACGCACUCCAGUCAAGCAAUUUCAAGGCAUUCCAUACGCUCAUCCACCCGUCGGCCAUCGAAGGUUUAUGCCCCCAGAACUAUUCAACGGUCGAUACCCAAACGGACAUCUUGACGCGACAAAACCACCACCCGCAUGUAUCCAAUGGGGAUCCGCAUUCGACGUAACAGACACUCCCCUAUCAGAAGACUGUUUAUAUCUAGACGUCUACGUCCCUCCACACGCAACAUCGAAAUCAUCUCUCCCCGUCAAAGCCUUCGCCUACGGCGGCGGUAACGACGGAGGAGCCAUCACGUACCCCCUCUACGACUCCUGCAACCUAGCCAUAGACGCCAUCGUAGUCAAAUUCAACUACCGAUUAGGUCCUCUCGGCUUCCUAGCACUACCAGAUGCCGGCAUCAGGGGCAACAUGGCCAUCCAAGACUAUCUUGCAGCUCUCACCUGGGUGAAACACAACAUCAAAGCCUUCGGAGGUGAUUCGACCAAAGUGAUGCUCUUUGGCCAGAGUGCCGGCGCGGACGAUACCUUUGUAGUCUCAACAUUACCUGAGGCAAAGCAUUUGAUCUCUGCUGCGGUGAUGGAGUCUGGAGGAGGUCAAGACGUAGCUCCUUACAAGACAGCCACGUAUACGGGACAAAGUUUCGCAAAGACGCUCAACUGCCGUUCAGACGAUCUGUGCUGUUUACAAUCCAAGUCUGUCAAAGACCUUAUCAAGGCUCAUUCCCAAACGCCAGCCCUCCUCGAUCCAACCACCAACGGCGGCCUCCUCGCCACCGUCUUAGGUAUCGACCUUCCCAACAUCACAUCUCUCGACUCCUCCGUUCUCGAUGGUGAAAUCAUCAAGCAUCAACCUCUAUCAGUCGGCUCCCAAGUACCCAUCAUCAUCGGUCAAAACGAACUAGACAGCAGCCUCCUCACCCUCCCCGUCUACUUCUCCUCCUCAUCCAACGUCCUCACAGAAUCCAACUACACAGACUUCCUCUCCCAAUGGGGCCCCUCCUCCUCCUCCAUCUCCAAAGCAUACCCCCUAUCCCUCUUCAACACCACAGGCUCAACCUCCUUCGCCGUCGUCGCCGCAAUCACCCACAUCACCACCGUCUCCGGCUUCAACUGUCCCGCCUACAAAGCCCUCCGCGCCGCCAAAGCACCAGCCUACGCCUACCGCUUCAACCGCACCCUCUCCUAUCUCGCCCCUUUCUUUGGAAGUACGCAUACGGCUGAAUUGCCCUUUGUCUUUGGAAACAUGGAUAACCAGCCUUUUGGCAAUGGUACGUGCAGUGCAUCGAAGCAGGAUCGUAGUAUAAGCGCUUCGAUGAUUGCUGCGUGGACGGCAUUGGCCGAACGAGGGCAUCCUGAGACGAAGAGUGUGAAAUGGCCUCGCUUUGAUGCCCACUCAAACCGAGGAGUGUACAUUCAGGAUACUAUUGCACCAGCCGAGUUGGAUUUCACAGAGUGCGAGUUUUGGGAUCAAAUUUGGGCGGCAAUGGGCGGUGUCAAAUUUGGCCCGGCAGUGUGA